AAAUAAAUUCCCUUGUAACAAUGUGAUUCUCGUCAUCUUAUUUUUAAGUAGGAAUUAGUGUUUGAGAUAUACAUUUAAAUCUAAGUAGAAGAGAGAGACUCACUGGAUCGUUUGUAUGCAUUCAGAACAGAACCAAUCACAAUAUUGAACGCACAGCUGUUUGACUUCUUGAUUAAUAGUUUUAAUAAUCGAUCAAUGGAAUAAUACUAAUCAGUGUUAAGUGCGUCAGGGGCGUUGGCCAGAUAUUAGAGAAAUAAAAAAAUUCUUACGGAUUUACGCCGUUAGGACUUUCAGUUUUCUAUGAUGGUAAGUGAAAGUGAAAUCAGUGGUUGUUGUGAAAGCGAAUAAACCGGUCGUUUGGAGAGCUAACAGUUAAAUACAACUUAAAAAAUAAGCGAGUUAUGGAGCGUUGGGUGGGAAAAACGGCGGUGGUGACGGGAGCUAGCUCUGGAAUUGGUGCUGCUGCGGCGGUGGCCUUAGCUGAUCUCGGAUUGAAUGUCGUUGGACUCGCCAGGAGGGAUCAGCUGGUGCAAGAAUUAAACGCGAACGUGUCAGGUAGUGGAGAAAUUUAUUCACGAAGAUGCGACAUUGGAAACCUUGAAGAUAUAUCAGCAGCCUUUGAAUGGGUGGAAGAAUUCCACGGCGGUACGGAUAUACUUAUCAACAACGCUGGAAUCUUCAAAGCGGGCCGAAUAACAGGUGCUGGUGAUAUGACCUUGUCUGAUGAGGAACUGCUCGCGAUCAUGAACGUUAACUUUACGGGCGUGGUGAUGUGCGCCAAGAAAGCCGUCGCCUCCAUGUUGAAGAGAGGCUUCCAUGGGCAUAUUAUUAACGUUUCCAGCCUGGCUGGUCAGUACAUACCGUUCAGUUCCUACUUCAACGUGUACUCUUGCACCAAGCACGCGGCCACCGCCUUCUCGUCAUCGCUGAAUAACGAGCUGGCCGACUGUAACAGUCAGAUUAAACUGACGAACCUAUCCCCCGGUCUCGUCCGCACUGAGCUGACCGAAGCGCGACCCUCAGACGAGCCUAUGUUGGACCCCAAAGAGGUCGCCGAUGUCAUCGUUUACGUCCUCUCGACGCCUCCGAACGUUAACAUCUACGAGUUGGGUUUGACGACGACGGGCGAGAAGCGGCUUUGAGUAAAUAAAAUAAGAGACAUUGUUAUGUAAAUAUAUUUAUUACGGCACAUUAACCGAACGACGAGGAAGACGAGAAGACGGCGGACGAGGCCAGGCCUAUGACUGAAGAGCCGAACUGUAGCAGCGCACGGAGAAUGUCCAUCUUCAGGGUCCAGAGAGGCGAGGGCGGCGUCGGAGCCCCGGGGCUGUUAGGGGACUCGCGGGGACUCUGAAGUGUUCAUGACAUUAAAAAUUCAAUAACAUGUAUAUAGCACAUGGUGUAAACCAACAAAGUGAUCCAAACCAGUCAAGCGAAGCCUUCAGAGGCGAGGAUUCAGUCGCCUGGUCUUACCAAUAAGUUGUGGCGAAUGUGCCGCCUUUUGUUCAUAUUUUGUUAUGGGACGUAAAUAAAAUAACAUUGCUAGUAUA